GAGGGGAAGAGAGACGCGUUAUACUUGUCCAAAAAAAAAGAGACGCGUCGAAGAUCCGAAAUUCCAAAUCCUCCUUUGUUCUUCUCCCCCGUUCUUCCUCUUCUCUUGCAACGCACGCCCCCCUUGUCGAUUCAUCGACUCCACCCAGCUUCUUCUCCAAUCCAAUCCCAGUCUUCUUCCCCAAUCCAAUCCAAUUCGAAGUCUGCUCCUGCUGGUUAGUUUAGUCCAGUAGUACUAGUCUAGAUGAGAUGCUGCAGCGGGCGGCAAGCAACGCCUACUCAUGGUGGUGGGCGAGUCACAUCCGCACCACCCAGUCCAAAUGGCUCGACGCGAACCUCCAAGAUAUUGAAAAUAGAGUCAAGAUCAUGCUCAAACUCCUCGGUGAGGAAGCUGAUUCGUUCGGCAAGAGGGCUGAGAUGUACUACCGCAGAAGGCCGGAGGUCAUAAACCAUGUCGAAGAAGUUUACAGGGCCUACAGGGCUCUUGUUGAACGCUAUGACCAUCUAUCCAAGGAGCUGCAUAAGGCCAACCACACCAUUGCCACUGCCUGCCCAGAACAAGUGCAGUAUGCAUUGUUGGAAGAGGAGGAUGCUAAUUUCCCUAGAGCAAUCAUGCCAAUCAACUCCCACAAAAUACAAAAAUCGACCGUGGAGGAGAUUUUGAAGAGAAAAAGACAUGGGCCAUCGGGUCCAAGCAGGGAAAGGUCCGCUCCUCAAAUGAGCAAAGAUCACGCCGAAGGAGAGAUUGGCAGGCUGCAAAAGGCUAUACUUGUCAUGCAGACUGAGAAGGAAUUUGUUAAGAGUUCUUAUGAGAGUGGAAUUGCUAAGUAUUGGGAGAUUGAGAAGCAGAUUGCAGAUAUGCAGGAGGAAAUUUGCCACAUGCAAGAUGAAUUUGAUGCACAUGCAGCCAUUGAGGAUGAUGAAGCCCGUGCUUUGAUGACCAUAACAGCUCUUAGGUCCUGUCAGGGUACGGUUGCUGAGCUUGUGAAAAAGUUUGAGGAGUUAAUUAGAAUUGCAAAGUUGGAGUCAGAAAAAAUAAUGUCUCUUCGAGAAAAGUUGUAUGCUAUGAGAAGAAGCAUUGACUCGUCUAAAGAAGAAGUUGGUGGUGCAAACAUGACAGUGAACAACAGGGUUUAUCCUGUUACUCAGGAAAUACUUGAGUUACAGACUAUAUACGAGAAAAUCGAGAACUUCUUUGAAAACAAUUCAGAAUCAUCUGCAGAGGAGAUGGCAUACAAAGUUGAUGAACUUGUUGAUAAAGUUAUUAACCUGGAGCUGAAGUUCCCAAAGCAAUCUGCACAAAUCAAGCAACUGAGAGAACAAAUUGAGAACAUCAAGAACAAAUUAGAUGAUUUACAAGAUGAGAUGUCACUCCGUGAUGAUCCAAGUGACUCGAGUGAAGACCUCAAGCUAGUAGAAGAUGAAUUGGAUAGAAUCAGGGUUCUUGAAGGAUCUAUAAUUGAGGAAGAAGUUCUUGUUAGCACAGCCUUCUCUGAAGUUUUUAGUUGCAUAACUAAUAUCUCAAAGGCAUUUGCACCUAUGGUUCCUGAAGACCUACCUGGUUUGUCAGAUGCAGAUAGAGACAUGACAACACCUUCUGAAGAUAUAUGCAUGGAGAACUUUACAAAAGAGAGCACCAAACUGAAUGGAGGAGAAAUCAGAGACAUAGAGUCACAAACUACAGGUGAUAAUUUGGGCAGACACAGGCCUUGGCAAGAAGAUGACUCAAAAGUUGUUGAUCACAAGUCAUCAGGUGGUACUGAUGGCAUCUAUGACUCCAAGAGGGGUGACGAAGAAAAUGUUCUGACGGGGCAUUGCUUAAUGCAAGAAGACAUCAGAGGUAAAAAGUCAAUGGAAGCAGGCAAUCAUAUUGAUCUGAUUGUUAGUUCAGACAAUGAAAAUGGUCACAACAAGAUAUGUGAGGGCAAAACAGAUAGCUCAUUGGAAUCAUCAGGUGUUUCGGACAAAAAGGGGGGCAUGGGAAAUGAUGGCUUUGAAGGGCAAACAUUGGAAGUUGAAUAUCCACAUAGUGCAGCCAGUCAGACUCAUCUCCUUCCAUCUACUCUAAACAACAAAAAUGACUACACUGAAGAUGGGUCAUCAGUGGAAGUUGCUGAGAAUUUAUUUGGUGCCGAGAACGGAACCCAAGACUUGAAGAUGGAUGGUGAUGAGAAUCAUGUUCCUGGUACCAGCUUGAUCCAGGACGAAGGAUUUGGAGUUGAAGAUGGCAAAUUACCAAAAAUACAUGGAGAGAUUAGUCUAGCUGAUUCUGCAAACUUACAGAAUUUCUGUGAAGUUACCACUGGAAAUAACACUUUGCCAGAAGCUUGUCAUAGUUGCUCCGGUGAUUCAGAAAAGAAACUGGAUUUAUGGCAGGCAGAUGAAGCAAAAUCAGUUGAAGAAUUGCCAAAGCAGGGUGGCCAACUUAUUGCUCCAGAAAAUAUCAAAGUUUUGAACAAAGACAACAAAGUUGAAUCGUCUGAAGGAGGUCAAACUUCGUUUGAUCUUUUGAUUGCAUACUCCUUAGAAGUGAGAGAUGAUACCUCUCUUUAUGUAGCAGCUAGAGAUUCUGAGGAAACCAGAGGAAUGAAUCGGCUAUUAUCAGAAGUACCGACAGAUUCAGAAGACAUGGCCAGUCACGUUUCUAAUAGCCAGCUAGAAAAGAAAAACCCAAAUGUUGAAGUGCUUGCGAGAGAAGCAAGUAUCUCUAGCAACCAUGGAAGCAGGAGUGGACAUGAAAAGUCUACUUUGACCGUGCAAGAAGAUGUACCCAACUGGCUUGAUGGGCUUGAGGGUAGAGACACAAUAUUUCUAGCAGACUACACUUCAGUUCUCAGAAACUACAAAGAAACAAAGAGAAGGCUUGCUGAAUUGGAAAAGAAAAACCAGGAACAUCUCGAAGAGACAAAAGCAGUAAUAAGGGAAUUGAGGAAUGCAAAUUCCAUGAAAUAUGUCGAGAUUCAAUCGCUCAGAGAUCUAAUUGACUCUUCAGAGAUACCACCAAAUAAGAUGGGCAAUGACAUAUCAAAUCAGACUUUGGAUAGAGAAAUUUCAACUGUGGAGGAAACCAAUUCGAGGCGCACUGCUGCACUGGAGAAUGCUUCACCAUUUGAAAUGAAGUUCAGAACUGAAAUUGAUGGGUUGGUCGAGGAAAACUUGCAGUUCUUGGCAAGGUAUAGCAUGGCUUGCCACCAGGUGCAGCACUUCAGCAGUAGAUAUCAGGAACUCCAGAAUGAAGUGGAGAAUUCUGAACAUAAGAAGGCAGGAGGAGAAUCUGAUGCCGUGACAGAGCCUGAACCUGCUGAGAAGAAAUUGAGAGAGCUCAGGACUGAAGUGGAUGUAUGGUUUGAGCAGAAUGCACUCCUCGAUCAAGACCUGCAACUUAAAACUGUAUUUCUUUGCAGACUGCAAGAGGAGAUAGCUGAAUCCUUGCGCUCUAGCACGGAGACUGAUGGCGCUAGGUUUACACCAUACGAAGCAGCCAAGUUUCAAGGGGAGGUACAGAACAUGCAGCAAUCUAACAAGAAAAUUGAGAGCGAGUUGCUGGCAGCAUUAGAGCGCAUGAGGCAACUUGAAGGCAAGGUCAGUUACACCUUGCGGAAACUGCGUGAGAACUUUGAGCUUUCAUCUAGGCGCUCAACCCGUCUGGAAGCAGACAGCAGCUACCAAAACCAGUUCAAGCAUUUCCCCAGUAGGACAAGAGUGCCAUUGCGGAAUUUCCUGUUUGGCACAAAACCAAAGAAAAAGUCGCUAUUUGCCUGCAUCAAUCCUACAUACCAGAGACAGUUCAGUGAUUUUUGAGUGAAUAGAAUGCUGAAGUAAACAUGUAGCAACUGAGAUUUGGAUCUUUUCCAGGAGGUAGAGCAGAUCCAUUCUUUACAACUAUUAUUAUACUUUGAGUGGUCAAGGUUAUUGGAUGAGAACACAGAUUUUCGUGGUUUUUUUCAUAAAGAAAAACAUUACCAUUAUACUGUAUCGUUUUUAAAAGUCAUUAUACUAUACACAUCAUAGCUGCUCACUAUACAUAUAGAAGAGGUGUGUCUAGAACUCUAGAUAUGUUAGGGACUUGGGUUAGAUUUGGGUUUAUGAGAGUACAGGAGCAGGUUUUGUUGAAUGAACCUGCAUUUGAAAGGAGAUGGCGAUUCUUCUUAUUUUACUCUGUAAGGUUGGUGUUCAAUUCAUUCAUUUCACUGGA